AUGGCAAUGGCCACCCACCCCCCCGAGGUGCAAGCCGGAUUGACGACCUUCUGGCUGCCCAUUUCAGAAUGGAAAUACGUGCCCACCUCCCUUGUAGCAUGGGAUCCAGGAUAUGGUAUCUGGGUCCAGCCUGGCCUCCUUUGCCAGCCCCCGCAAAUGACAUCCUGGUGGGAUGCCAACCAUAUUUUGUCCCAGGUGGACUUGCAUGCGACGCAGCUCAGUAUCGGGCCCGUUGUCUGCCCGGAUGCCUAUACCACGGCGACGACGAGUGUGAAUGAGGCUAGCAGUACUUUGGUUGCCUGCUGUCCGAGUUCCUACGAUUUUGUGGAAUGGAUGGGGGUGGGAAAUACAGGCGAAUGUUCCUCGCAGCUACACGUCGGCCAGGUCAUCGAAUACGUCCUCUCAGAUGUAGUGGCAUCAACAUGGUCAUCCUAUACAUCGACGGUCAAUACCGCCUCGCUCGCAUAUGCUAUUCCGGUCAACGGGUGGCUUUUCCCUACUUCUACUGAAAAGGCGACAUUCAUCUCCACUUCUACUGAAAAAACGACAUUCAUCUCUACUUCUACUGGAACAACGACCCCGAUCUCUACGUCUACAGCGGCGGCCCAAACACAUUAUACAAUAGAUUCCACCAAUUCCAUUCCACCCAGACAUUCAAACCUGACAACAGCAGACACAGUAGGCAUUGCUGUGGGCAGCAGUGCUGGUAUACUCGCCGUCUGCCUUGUUCUACUGGCGGUCCUCCGACGACAACGAAAAAGGAAUAUCAGUAGUGACAAAGAUGAUCCUUCCAUUUUGCCCCCUCUUCCUUCUCGUCCUCCUGCUGGUGCUAUUCUGGUCGAGGUCCAGGCGAAGAGUAUGUCUGAAUUACCUGAGAGGGAUAGAGCGGAGUUGCCUGGAGUAGCAUACGGACAAUAGAAGCAAGCAAGAGAGCUAGGGUUACUACCCUGGGUGGAUU